AAAUUUUUGCACUGAAAUUGUUUAAAAUCGAACGUUUGUACAAAAGAAGCCGCAAGGACUGUAGCUGAGCUUAUCCAUCACUCUUAACUCUCCUCAUCAAUGGCUGCGAAUCCCUUCGCUCUGCCCACCGAUCCUCGACUCCAAUCGCCGUCUCUUUACUUCACAGCUUUCACUUUCACCCAUUUCCCACUCACUAAGUUUUCUGGUUUGUCUCUCCGCCAAAGAUCUGCGAGCAAUCGCCUACUCCUCAGCUGCCGCUGCGGCGCUCUCGCUAUCAGUGGGAAUGACUCCACAAGCAUGUUUGCGGACUCGGGUAUAAUGUUGUUCUCGUUGCUUCAAGAAAUGGGGUUCAACGAGAAGGAUACUGAAGCACUUUUGAGUACAAAUGCAGCUCUUAGAUUUACGCCUUUCGAAUCUAUUCGUGCUAGAGUUCAGGUCCUGCAGUCUGCUGGAGUGAAUGGUCUUUCUCUUUCGAGAUUAAUUGUUAAACGACCAGAUGUAUUAACAGCUCAAGAAAUUGAUGCACUAUUGUGCUUUCUUGUUAAUGACGGUAAUCUAGAGUUGCAAGGGAAAAUUGAGCCCACCCAGAUUGAGCGGCUGUUGAAUGGGACAGACCCUGAAUUUCUGGUGGGAUUUGAGAGGAAAGUAAGGUUAUUGCUUCAGUUCGGAAUUCCCAAGGACAAGCUUGUUCAUGUGCUCAACACUGUUAAUUUGACCAAGGCCUUGUGUCUUAAAUCUGUGGAAGAAAUUGAGAGAAUGCUAGCUUUUUUGAACCGUUUUGGUGGGGCGGACUUGAUCCUUCGUCGUCCUGCCAUUCUCAAUUAUGAGUUGGAGACUCACUUAAUUCCAAGAAUUGGUUUUCUCUUGGAGUUGGGUGGGGGUGAUGAGAGUGCCACUGCCGCAGUUUUGCGUAAAUUCCCCUUUGUUUUGGCUUAUAGUGUAGACCAUUUAAAAGAUCAUGUUGAAUUCUUGAAUUCAUAUGUUGGGUUGAGCAAUGAGGAGAUUUUUAGGAUUGUCCUUGUUUACCCAAGUUUGUUCAGUGCCAGCAGAAAGAGGAAAUUGCAUCCAAGAAUCGAUUUUCUCAAGCAAUGUGGAUUGACUUCGCACGACAUAUAUAGGUUUCUGAUCAAAGCGCCCUUGUUUCUGAGCCUGUCAUUUGAGGAGAAUCUAGCAAAUAAGUUGGUUUUCUUGGUGAAGAUUGGGUAUGAGAACAGAACGAAGGAAUUGGCUCUGGCAAUGGGAGCUGUUACCAGGUGCAGCUGUAAAAAUUUACAAGAGGUUAUUGGAGUGUUCUUGAACUACGGACUGACUUGCGAGGACAUUUUAGAUAUGAGCAAGAAACAUCCGCAGGUAUUACAGUACAAUCAUGAGUCGUUAGAGGAGAAGCUGGAUUACUUGAUUGAGGAAAUGGGUCGUGAAGUUGGAGAGCUGUUGUCUUUUCCUGCAUUUCUUGGUUACAAGCUUGAUGGUCGUAUCAAACACAGGUAUGAAGAAAAGAGAAAGAUUUUAGGCGAAGGGAUGUCCAUCAACAAGCUACUGAGUGUAUCCGCGGCAAGAUUUUCAACCAAAACUAAAAGGACGGGACCUGUGAGUGUAAUCCAUGACCUAAAUGAAAGUGAAGAUAAAUGAGAAAGCCAGGACUUGCAGUUUAUUUGGCUAAUUGACUUAGGACUUCAAGUUACUUCAUUUUAAUUGUCAAUAUGAGGUUUGAGACAUCCAUCUCCAGUUCAAAUGCACCAAUGCUCUGGUUGUCCUUGAUGUUUCUCAAGUCGAAAGCUAUGGCAAAUUAUCUUAUUGUGAAUGAACUAUAUAAGAAAAUGAUUGCUGAUAUUCAAGUGAAAGAGAUCAGAGUGCUGCUUAUGGAAAAAUAAGAUGAGACACAUCGCAGCAAAUGAAGUCACCUCUUGUGCAGAAACAAACCCUACAGAAAACCUAUUUACAUGUUCUGCGUGGUGGUCUGUGGUAGGACAACAUCUAGAUCGUUUUGAAAUUAGCAUGUUGAUAACAGCAGUCCUCAGAGGACAAUAGCAAUUGUUUAUAUAUUGAUUUUUGUAAUUCUGUGAUAUCCUGCUUUUACUAAUGUACCUAAUAUUCGAUGGCUAUAUUCUUGUAUACUUAAAGACGAGGCCUCCUCCUACCGGUUCCAAGUGCCCUGUACAAGAGACAUGCUUUAAUUCUAUAUUGGAUUCAUGCUCA